AUGUUCACCAUGCAUUCCGUCCGAAAGGUAACGGAUGGCGUGACGGGCCAGGUCUUCGAGUUUCAUGGCCCUCGAAGCCAUCCCAUCACCUUCGUGACCGCUGGUUUACCAGAUUGGCAGUUGGCAAUCCCUGAGACGACGUCUCUUGGUUCCAUCGUGAUGCGCUUGUCCUGGGAGGAGCCCAACACGGGUGGCAGCGCUAUCCUGGGUUACCAAGUUGAGAUGGAGACAGACUCCCAACCUGGGUGGCAAAUCAUCUACGACGGCCAGCAAGAUCCAAGCGUUAAGCAUUUGGUGCUUUCGAACCUUACCUACGGCACGACCUACUUUUACAACGUGUAUGCAAUCAAUGCGAUUGGCCGUAGCCAGCCCAUCUCGACUGCCUACACGGUAGCAGUGCCGCUCGAGAAAACCUUCUUCUACCCACUUUCCACCGACCCGUCCAUCUCGCGAGAUCCAAUUCCAGACUUCAUUAUUGCUGAUGUCCCGACGGACUUGACCAUCCGUGCAAAGAACCCUGUGACCGAAUGGUUCGAGGUAGAUAGCACGCAUCGCAACUACUUGGCUGCGAUACACGAUGCCUGCGAGCUGAACUCUGAGCGUACGCUGUGCCUCCCAGUUCCCGAGCAGCAUCCGGACUACCAGGAUCACCGACAGCGGCUGAACCAGGUCCCUGACUGCUGCUACGCCACAGUUCCGAACGGUGACGGAACCUACAGCUUGAACUACACCGGCAACAAGACGGGGAUCUAUUCCUUGAUGGUGUAUGCGAUCUUCGCCAAUGGCCUCUGGGGCCAGUACUGGGAUAAUGCCUGGUUUUAUGGACUGCCCGUCCUCUCCAAAGUCGAUGAGACUAUCAGCUUUGAGUGGGGCCACCACGAGGUCACUGCUCUGGCUGGAGACCACAUCACUGCCAGGUGGGUGGGUUUCCUUCUGGGCCCUACAACUGACGAGUACACCAUCUACGUCAAGGCAGAUGAUAGUGUUCGCGUUUGGUUUCAAGGUCAUUUGGUCGUCGACUACUGGGACUCUUCCAUUCCAUGUUGUCCUGAGCUAUGGACUCGCCAGCUGCUGGAGAAAGACAGGUUUUACUCCAUCAAGGUUGAGUGGAAGGAGAUGCAAGGCAAUGCGCAGCUGCGACUGAUGUGGGGCAUCACCGGGAAGCGGAAGCAGAUCAUCCCGGGUGCCAACCUUUGGCGAGGAGCUCCACUUGAAAGUGCGCCUUUUCGGAUUGUGGUGCAUCCAGGGCCACCCAGCACUCGGACAAGUGGUCUUCUGGAGCCGCUGGAGCAGCUUCGGACCGGGGCUUCGCAAAGGCUUUACCUACAGGCUCUCGACACCAUGAGCAACACCGUCAACUCCACAGAUGUCCAGUUUGAAGCGUAUUUCUAUUCGCCGAGCUACACAAAUGCAACUGUUCCGCUUGUAUUCAGGUCCACUCCGCUGAUGUUGCAGAGACGGGAAGACCACAUCCACGACCACCUGCACUUCAUCGAUCUUGUUCUUCUGGAGCCUGGCAACUACACCUUGGAGCUUUUCCUCAAAGGGCAUGGGCAGCUGGCAUCCAGCCCCAUCCACUUCCUGGCAGUGCAGGACGACAUACAGCCGCAGAUGUGCACCGUUGUGGGUCCGGGCUCCAAGGAGUUCAUUGCUGGAGUGGAGACGAACUUCACUCUACAGCUCCGUGAUGCCUUCGGCAAUGCCGUGCCACAUGUCGAUGGUGUCAAAGUCGAGGUCGACUUGGAGUUUGUGGAGGAAAUAGAGGCGAACUUGACGUAUGAUGAUCGACGGCUCCGCAACCUCACUGGCGGUCACUAUGCGACGGCAACGUCCAUCACGAAGGGCGAGUUUGGCAGCUACUUCAUCACUUACACCGGCCUCAGAGCCGGGAUCAACUUGCUGACGAUCAAGGUCAACGGACUUGUGAUUAUGGGCCAUGAGGAAGAGGUCAUCUACAACCCGCCGGUUGAAGGCCAAAACACGCCUUUGCAAGUCACAGGCUUCUGGAACGAGCGUGCGAAUGGCCUGAUGACAGUCUUCGCACCAGCCAGGCUUCCGGCAGAGUGUACGACUGGUGUCAUCUGCGCUGUUGUGUUCCACUUGCGGGAUACUUACGGCAACCGCAUGCUCGGAGACUAUCACGACCAAUUGCAGUACCGUACUGUGGACACUCAAUGCAAUCCGGAGAUCUUGGAGGAUCCCUGGUGCGUGCCGGUGGACGAGGGUCACUGCUUCCAGAUCGAGGGCCUGGGCGAGAUGCAUGCCUGCGAGCUCACGCCAACGAUCGGUGGCAAUUACCUGCUGAGGCUGCUGGUGAAUGGACAAGAUGCCUCGUAUGCUCUCUGGGCGGAAAGCUUGGGCAGCUUCAGCUUGGAAGACGGAACCGCCUACAUCCGCGGACCUACGGCCAUCUUGGUGAACAUCGGGGAGAUCAACGCCACAACCUCCACCAUGGAGGGACCGGGGCGCCUCCUCGAGGGCAACACGGUGGGAGUCCCUCAGCCACUUCUGGUGCAACUGAAGGACCAGUAUGGAAACAAUCGCAUUGUUACAGGGUCAGACUUCCAACAGCGGCGCAAUGGCAUCGCAGCAACGCUUGGUGACCGUGAGCUGGACACGAUCGUCUACGACAAUGGGACUAUCGAAGUUACAGUGCUUGCAAUUCAAGCAGGCUACCACAAUCUUCGUGUAAGAAUUGGAGCAGGCUGCCUCCAGGUGCCACCGCGUGAUCCUUGUGAAGACAUUUCGGGUUCCCCGACUACUCUGCUCUGGUGGAAAGAGGCGGAAGUCUCCGAGAACGGAAUGACGUGCCAAACACCUUAUGCAAUGGAGGCAGGGAGACAGUAUCACUUCACAUGCACCGGACGCGAUGUCUUCGGCAACAUAAACAGAGACCAUGAGCUGCAGCUGACCUCCUUCUUCAACUACGUGGCCGAUCCAGAGGGCUUUGAACCGCCGGAUGGCUGGUUCCGCGGCAACCUAAGUGAAAACUUCAAUCAGACAGUUCCUGGCAGCUAUCUGGCAUCGGAUGGCAGGUAUCAUUUCGACAUCACGCUGUACCGAGCCGGCUUCUACGAGCUGAUCAUUGAGAUGGUCAAAGUUGGUUCCGAGCCAGCCAUCGUCUUGGCAAGCAAUGUGCUGGCAGAAGGACGCCCUGCGGGUGAAGCGACUUACGUGCUUGGAUUCCCGUCGCUGCCUUCCUUCAUGUCGUCGGUGGUGGGUGGCUUUGUCACAGCUGUCGCCAACGUGGCCAACGAGGUUUCUGUGCAGACACGGGACCGCUUCGGCAACGCCGUUGAGACCGCAAGCAGCGCCGAGGUGGUUGCGCAACUGCGGGGACGCUCUCCGGUUCAGCUGUCCCUGCUGCAUCUCAUACAAGGUCGGUAUCGUGGGGCCCUUGUGCCAUUUGCUGCGGGGCCGACCCUUCUGGAGAUCCUCGUAGCUGGGGAGGAGAUCGUGGGCUCUCCGUUCGAUUUCCUGGUCACCCCGGGCCCUAUGGUGACCACAAACUCGCUUGUCGAAGGCUUUCCCAGCGAGCUCACUGCCGGUGUACUGUCAUGCUGGAACAUAACAUUGAGGGAUGCCACAGAGAACCACUUGCUCUCCGGGCAGUUCGCGGGAGACCCGACACAGCUCGAGCCUGUGACUUGCUCAGACCCUGGCUCUUACUGCUUCCAUACUCAGCUGAAUGGAACAUUCACCUGCUGCAUCAACAAGACUUCCGUUGAAGAAGUGCCUGCAAACUACUUGAUCGAUACAUUCCCAUUCACCUGCCAAAUUCGCGGCGACAACAUCUUCGCACCAGAAACCAUCAAGCUGUGGCCACAUCCGGUGUCGCCCUACUGGCCGGACAGCAGCCUGAAGAUUGGCAGCGGUAUGCUUGGACCGUACGACUUCCCGACUUUCAUCAACGAGCAGUUUGGAUGGAAGGACUGGCCGACAAACUAUUUCCGCCGUGUGCAGAACGUUGACAGCGGGCAGCCGCAGCAUCAAUGGAACCGCUUGCGCUUGUGGUACACCGAUGGUUUCUACAACGUAUUUAAAGGUGAUGAUGCAGCCAUCCUCCUGUGCGAUGUCAAGGGCCCUCAUUCGCUUGGAGUCAAAACGCUUGGACGGCCCACCCGAUCGCUGUAUCGACUGCCCUACAUUUUGGAUCAGGAGCUCGGAGUUUUCGAGGUUGAGCUCAAGUUCGAGAGAGCCGGAUAUCACAAGGUCUUCUGCUCCACUGCAGCGCGUGGUGGAAUGAACGUAGAGUACCGAGACACUGAUGGCAGUACUUUCCGGCGCGUUGUGGAGGGUGUCAACAUCUCAGCUUUGGACCAGCUGCCUGUGGACGAGCAAGGAGGCUCAGCGCGGUGGGAUGCCCUGCUGUAUCCACCAACGUCUGCGAACUACACCCUUAUUCUUGUAUGUCGUGGAAGGGAUGCGGUGCUCAUCUUCAAUUCUUCUCUGCGGGUCACAAUUUCAACAACAGAUGACACCGUGGAUCAGGAGCAGCUUGCGGUUAUUGGACCGUUAGACCUGCAAGCGCAAACGGCGUAUUCGGUGCAAGUGGCUUGGACAUCCCACUCCCUCAGCUCGUCGGUACAGCUGCGAUGGUCCAGCGAUGGUGGCAUCCCAGAGACCAUCCUGCCUGCGGAAUACCUCUACAACUCGAAGACGCUGUUGUCUGGUUAUCCCAAGACCGUGAACGUCUCCGACGUGCCUGGUCCAGUGGAAGCCUUCGAGCGAGUGCAACCGUUCGAGAAUGGCAAGAUCCGUCUUCGCUGGAUGCCGCCACUAGAAUCUAAUGGCAGACCGAUCAGCUCGUACCGCCUUCGCCAUGACGACGGCUUGGGCGGCGAUUUCACGAAGGAGGUGAGAGUGGAGGUGUCCUUCCUCACAUUCAGCGAAGUCAUCCCAGCAAGCUUCACAGAGGUCGAGGUUCCUGUCCCAGACUCAUAUGGCAACAUCGAUUCACUCCUGGAUCCAACGAAGUUGUACCGUUUCGAGCUGCGGGCUAGCAAUGACGACCGUGCAGAUCGCGACUUCCAGGUCGACGGAGGUGGCAUCUCAGAUCAGCCAGUCGUCAUAGCUCUUCAGCCGGUGGAGAAGGCUGGUGCUCCGCUGAAGCCUGUGCUUGUGGAGUCGCAGGAGCACGAGGAUGGAACUGGAUUUAUCAGGAUUCGAAUCUCACCACCGCGAGAGACCAGUGGUGGGCUGAUGGUACAGUAUCGUGUCUAUGCCAGCUACAUCCUGGAUGGCGUGUUCCCGCCUCUGGAGCUUUGGGCCGAGGGCUCGACCCCGCUGGAGACCGUGGAUGUAACGCUGACGGAUCUCACCGUCGGCCGGACCUACGUUUUUGAGGUGGCCUAUCUUUUCUCGCAGGGUGAGUCUGAGAGGAGCCCUCCUCUGGAGCUGAUUUGCUGCUAUGCGGCGAUUCCCCAAGCUCCGAGGAACCUUCGCCGCAAGAGCGACACUGGUGGACUUCCAGUUCAGACGGACGAUCGCAUCACGGUCAUAUGGGAUGCCCCGACUUUCGCUGGUGUCCGCGACAUCACCCACUACAAGGUGAGCUUGACACCGGUCGUGGUUCUGCAAUCCAGCGAGAAGCUGCGCUCGUCCGAGGUGCUUAGGAACACAAGGUCAGCAGACGAUCGUGAGAUGCAGUUCGACAGUCUCUCAGCAGGACAGACCUACGCGCUUCGAGUGGCGGCAGUCUCGGGUGCCGGAGAUGGACCUUGGAGCGAAGAGGUGGUCAUGCCGGCUUCGGGCUACAGCACGGAACCGCGUGAUCUCCACGUCGCCUGGCAGUCGAACUCCUCGAUCCAAUUUGCCUGGGGCGAGCCACUUCGUGUGGGUGCCGGCGGUUUGCGAGGUUAUUCUAUCUAUGCCAACGUCUCCACGCUGACGCCAAUUCCUGCACCAUACCUUGUCGGGCAGACCGUGGCAGGUCAGAACAGCUUCAGCUUCACUGGCUACAGCUAUGUUGCCACCGAUGGCCGCCUGCGCAAUGUAGGUCUGAUCCCAGGACGUCUCUACGAAGUCUUCGUGGUUGCCGAGAAUGCAGCAGGUGUUGGCCCGGCCUCCGUGUCCUCGACGGUCUCUGCGGUGGCCGCCUCCAAGCCCUCUGCUCCCCAGGCCUUCGCGGUGGACCUCGAAGCAUUGAGUCAAGGAGUGGUGGACCUGUCCUGGCAGAUGCCUUCAACCGAUGGUGACUCCCCGAUCGAUGCCUACCGGGUGCAGCGCAUGAAGGAGUGGCCCGGAACCUUCCUGUCUCAGUGCUCUGUUUUGCUCAACAACUUGGGCGAGUCUGGCGGCAACUGUGUGAUUGGGGACUUCGCGGCCAAUGGAGUGGGGGAUACUGGCCUCAUCGAGGAAAAUCCUGGUCAGGUGCGCAUCUACACUGGCCGCAUCGCGGUGCGGAAUGUGGCACGGGAAACCCAGUCCUCGGUGCUAUGCUCAAUAGCCGUGUUUGGUGACCCGCUCUUCCCCACUGCCGAGUAUGACCCUGGACGUGACGAGCCGCCACUUAGGGAAUGUUACGUGUUGGUGGAGGUUUGUGCUGACGAGCCGGCAGACUGGCAUGAUGCGGACAGCGAUGCGUUCGACUGCGGAUGGUACGCGGCGGAGCCAGGACGGUGUGAGAUUUUCGGAGUCCGUUCACCAGGCCUGUGGAAUCGAACUGCCAGCGAGGCAUGCUGUGCAUGCGGCGGCGGGCUGAAAACGAACGAGCUGAAGUUCUGCACCAAGGAGUUUGGCACUUGCGAGUUCAACAGUACCAUCCCUGCUUUCGGUGGCCUCAAGGCAGACUACACUGAUGGAUGCUUGGCAUGCCUAGGGCCUAAUCCUCUCCCGUCCUUGAGCUGA